AUGGCCAUUCUCUGCUGCUGUAGCCAGUUUCGCUCCCGGAAGCGGAUUCAGAAUGAAGGCUACGCAGACCUACCGGUUCCCCCUCCGCCUGCAAAGCUACCUCCUCCUGUCUUGCAUCCCUCUGCUACUUCUCCGGGCUCCACGCUCGCGAGAUCGUCUUUGACCAAUCCGCUUCCUGGAGCCGCCACAGACGCUUCAGUACAUCUGGGCGAACUUGUUGUCGAGGAAUCUGACGACGAUGAUGACGAGGAUCCUGUUCAAGACAGCAGGAACAGAAGUACCAGCACCUUGCUAGCCGUCAAGUCACGUAUCCGUCGCCAUCUAUCACAAGACUCCCUCCAGCGGCAAAGCGAGACAGAGGAGCAGAUCGCCCACAGAGCAGAGGUGAAGAGACUCAUGAGAAAGAGGAUCCAAGAGGAGCUCCAGAGUGAAGCCGAUAAUAUCCCUAGCCGGUCCUCUACGCCUCAGCGACAUGUGCCUGGCCCUGCCACUCUCCCAGGAAAUGGCCCCCGAGAUACGAUCGAGUUCACUGUGGACGAGAAUCACAAAUCCAGGGAGCUGGCCCCAAUCACAGCGGACCAUGUGAUGGAAACAGAUGAGGAGGAAGGACACCUUCACGGCUCUACCUUCCAUGACGCAUCGUCUCUCGCAUCUUGGCGCCUGUCACUGAGUGCAGAUAAACUGGCCGACCUAUUCACGCCUGACAAGAGUCUUACGCUGUUUCGACCUCUUGCCAACACUCCUGCUACUUGCUCCACGGCAGAUCUCAGGGAAGGUGCUUCCCUCGUGCGUCCAAGGAUCGGCUUCCUGCUUCGAAGUCUUUGCUCACCAUCGCCACCUUAUCGCAAGGGCAUCAGUGGGCUAAAGCUGCCGUCUUUCAAAUUGGAAGAACGAUUCCGCAACUCUCACCUCAGAAAAGGGUCCCUAAAUCCCGUAGAGAGCAAGUUCCGGGAGAUCUUCGAUCACGAUGGUGAUCCAGGUCCAAACAACAGGAUAUCUCUUCUAUCCAAGCUACAUUUCAAUGUACCGAAACGAGCGAAAGUAGCAAUAAUCGAGACUUUGGACGGAAGUAUCUCCGGACAUGCUCUUGCCGGAAUGCAUGCAUCGCCUCCGUCUGAGUUGCAUAACAAGACCUCUAUGCAGGCAAGUUUGGACAACGAACACCUCCAAGUCCCGGUAAUUGUGCAUAGAAAGAGCACCGCAAAAGCCACCGGCAUAGGUCAGACGCCUGUAAUCAUCCAUGGUAGAUCCCGGCGGCUCCGUGGAUUCUCGUCUUCAAAGGAUGGCGACGACGCAGCUGAGCUAUGGAAGCGCGCGGUGAGGGCAGAAUCUGAAUCGAGAUCACCGAGAGGCAGUACAUCAUCCAACGUACCCGCCAUUUGCUUGUCCCCAGCAAUCAGUGACCACGGCAAAGUGCCUAAAGCACCUCAACCUUCAGGGGCCGGAAGCCUUAGUUCAUCUAGGUCUGAUGUGCAUUCUCCGCUCUGCAAGGUGCAUCCAGAUUUGAGUGGCGAAGCAGCUGUUCGGGAGGCACUUCGGAGGUCCACGACAAUUCUCGAGCAUUGGGUUCACCGGAUCGAAAGCCAGGAGCGUGAAGCCCAAGAACAGGGCAAAAACUGUGCUUCGGUACCCUUUUCCCAUUACAAGGAGAUGAAAAUGCCUCCUGCGUCCUGGGCAAAGUUCCCCUCAUACAACCGCGAGGAGCGAAAUGCAUCUGCUGGGGGAGACGACAACAUCAAAUCAAAGGACUUCGCAGUGAGGAACAUUUCAGCAUCGGGAAACAUAAUUUGGGCCACAGAUAAGAUGGGUAAUCAUCCAUCAUCCCAGAAGGGUAUCGCGCGGACUUUUUCAGACAAGUUCUCGCAGACGUUCAAGUCACGUUUGAGCAAGCUCAUCCCUGGUCGCUCCCGCACACCAUCCAGAGACAGGUCGAUACGAGGGGAGCGCAGAAGCAGCAUACAGAUGGCUGGUGACUUGGAGUAUCCGGAGCUGGAGAUUCUGUCAACAGCAGGUGGAUACCGAGAGCUUCGUGCUCUGGAAGCAGAGAUCCAUGAGAUGAAGGGGAUCGUGGAUACAAAGACACAGUCAACUCAAAAUGACUUCGCCGCCCCUCCACUCAGGCCGAGCUUGGCUGAGAAAAUGGCCACUGCGAUGCAGCAGCAUCAUGGCUGCUCGGACCCCGACCUGUCCCAAGCGAGCGAUGCGGCCAGUUGUGUUGCGGAAAAGGCCAGCAUCGUACAAAUCCGCUCCCCCGAGACCCCCACUCUACAAGUUCGAUACCCAGAAGCGACACGUGCGAAGGAAUCAACCGGCUCUACAGUAGAAAGAUAUGCCACACCACUCAGUCAUCUGUCUUUGGCUGGAAACGAAACAUCUCGUUCGGGGUCCCCUGACAUUAUCAACAAGAUGCUGCCUUCUGCCGACUCUCCCAACUCAGUGAACAGCGCUAAGUCGCUCACGAGACGUGCAAGUGUACGCGCGGUCCCAAAUGUCGAGGCAUCCAUUCUUGGUCCUCAUAUUUGGCAGAAACCGAGAUGA